AUGGAGGCUUUUGAUUUCAGCAAUUCGAAAGAAGAGAAAGGCAGCGCCAUGUCUGGCCAUAUCUUCUCCGGCAUUGCCAAGACGCUUCGCAUUCUGGAACUCUGCAUCGCUCUCUUCCUACUCUCCUGGAUCCUCACGCGCCUCCCUCUCGCCAUCCGCCUCUCCGCCAACUGCCUCCGCAGCCCUCUCUUUGUCUUCGCUCUCUUCAACGCUAUCAUUGCCGCCCUCCUCGCCCAAUCUGCCCGACUCUCCGCCUCCGAUCACCGCACCUCCCACUCCGAACCUCAAGCAGAGCACCGGCACAAUCAACUAAUAACGGAUCGAGCUGUAACGGAUACGUGUACGGACAAUGGUUCAUGUGCCGCGGCGGAUUCAGGUUCCAAUUUCAGAUCCCAGAGAGUUUUCCAGCGGAUUCGAUCGGAGAAGUUGGAGGAGGAUGAGGGAAAUACGACGGAGAGGAAGAAAUUGCGGCGAUCGGAGACGGAGACGGAGACGGAGACGGCGAAGGCGGUUGAAAGUUCGUAUCCGCAGCAUGAUAAGCUGAGCAACGAGGAGUUCCGGCAAACCAUAGAGGCGUUCAUUGCGAGGCAAAUGAGCCUUCUCCGGGAAGAGUCGUUGGCCAUUGUUGUUAAAACCUCAGAGUAAAUCAACAGUAUUAGUAACUACUAAGUAUUUCAUUAUGAUUAAUUAGUGACAUUAAGCAUGAAAAUAAAAUUAAAAUUACAC